UUUUUCAUCCAACAACUGUACAUUGGGGAUCCCUGUUUAAAAUGGUAAGUUCCAGUCUCUUUUAAUUGACUCAAUAUAGGCUCGUAGUGCAGAAAAGGCUAUGUAGGUUUUUAUGACCUAUAUUUGAAGUAUUUUUCAGGACUGCACUCGCUCGAUGGAGAGCAGUUUAUGUGGAUCGUGUUCAAGAGACGAAGAAAAGACCAUAUAUCGCUUCUGAGUGCACCGGGUUGAAAGAUUCUCUGUAUUACAGACGCCAAAUCGUUCAUGAAAUAUCUCGAAAAAUAGCUCAAAUACAGAAUCGUAUAACUCAUUUCUUCCAUCCAACAUUUUUACUUCCAGCUAGCUUAGGUGAAUAUAAACUAAGGGAUUUGAACGAUGACAUAAACAAGCUUAUUCGAGAAAAAUCCCACUGGGAAGACCACAUAAAAAACCUUGGGGGUCCUGACUUUAAAGUAUAGUGGUAUUUUUUACACUAGAGUGCAGGCAGAAGCACCGAAAAUGCUUGAAAAAGAGGGGAAAGAAGUUCCUGGCAAUAGAGGCUACAGAUAUUAUGGAGCAGCUCGUGAUCUUCCGGGAGUGCGCGAAUUAUUUGAAGAAGAUCCUCAACCAGUAGCUAGGAAAUCUAGAGGCGAGUUAAUGAAGCUAGUUGACGUAUCGUAUUAUGGUAACUGUGAUGAAGAUGAUGGUGUAAUUGUACCUCAGGAAGCUGUUUAUGAGCAAGAAGCUAUUGCGCAUAAAAUUGCUGAAUGGAAAUAUCGUAAAGCAUCUGACUCUCAACCAGGAUAUUCAUGCAAGCCGCUCGGGGAUGAAUUUGAUGAACUAGAUGAGGAUAAUGCGGAUACCAGAAACAUAUAUGACGUUGGUGACAAUCCGGCUGAUAUAGAAUUGAUGCGUCUUUAUGAGGCAAUCGAUGAAAAUAAUGAAGUUGGGUCGAUUGACUUUUCUAAUGCAGAACAAUUAGUAGCACUAAUAAAUGACGACGAAAAUACAGAUGACUUAGAUGAUCAUACAGGAAGGUCGGCGACCAAAUCUAUGAGUUCUUUAAGCACCACGGUGAAGCGAGCAUUCGUCGCCCAUGUUCCAAUCUACUCACAAGAGCAGAUUGAAGCGGCACUAGUAGCCCAGCGCAAACGUGAAAUUCUUGAGAAAUAUAUGUCUAGUGACCUGUUAGCAAGUAUGGCACAAACUGGGGAAAUUCUUGGCUUUGAAAAUAGUGAUGAAAUAAACUCAAGUUAUCAAGUUGUAAACGACAGUCAUUUUUCGUCAAUCCCGACAACAGAUUCCAAUGUUAACGUUGACUUGGAUACAAAUAAAGGAGAGAAAAAGAACUAAUACUUUAUUUUGUGGCCUUUAGAAUGUAUAUUUUUGUACAAAUUUCAAGCAUUUAAGUGAUGCAAUC